AUGAGGAUUUCUGAAAUCGCAGACCCAAGCAAAUUAGAUCCUGAGAUAGUAAAGGCCGUCGAGAAAGUUAAUCAGAAUUCCUGGGAAGCAACCGACAAAAAUGUAUUUUAUCAAUUUUGCUUGGAGCUUUCGACAUUGAGACCAAUGAUGUUAAGAGGAAACAAAAUAGUAAUUCUUCUAAAUCUGCGAUCCAAGACUCUAGAACUAGCUCAUGAAGGACACCCCGGUGAAACGGUAAUGAAAAGAAGACUAAGAGCUAAGGUAUGGCGGUCGUUGAUUGACAGGGAAGCCGAGAAGUUUGUCAAAAAAUGCAGAGAUUGUCUCAUGGUUAUGCAGCCAAUCAAACCACCGCCUAUGUCAAGACACAAAUUCCCUGAGGGUCCUUGGCAAUAUUUAGCUAUUUACCAUAUGGACCCAUCACCUAACCAAAAGAUGGUGUUUGUAGUAAUAGAUUACUACUCCAGAUAUCAAGAGUUGAAAUUUUUAAAACAAACCACUUCCAGCGUUAUAAUCCAACAUCUUACAGAAAUUUUUUUGACAUUGGGACUCCCGAAAUCUAUUAGAGCCGAUAAUGGAGCACAGUUCAUCAGUCAGGAAUUCAGACGAUUUUGUAAAGAAAAUAACAUUGAGCUGAUUCAUACCACACCAUAUUGGCCACAAGCAAAUGCGGAAGUAGAGAACAUGAACAAAUGCAUCCUGAAACGCCUUCAAAUUGGUUACGCUAACGAUCGGAAUUUGCAAAUGGAAUUGCAAGAGUUUACAUUGAUGCAUAAUGUUACUCCUCACGGAACCACGAAAAUGUCACUAUCGGAAAUGAUGUUUAAUCGCAAUAAAAGAGAUAAAAUUCUAUCAAUCCUUGAUAUAAAUGACGGGAGCACUGAAGAAGAAGCCAGAGAGAACAACAUUCUUAAUAAACAGAGAGGAAAGGGAAGAUGGGGCAAGAGGUACCUAAAAAGAUAG